AUAUGAGAUUCACGUGAGAUUAAAAUUCGUGGCGUAAAAGCGUCUAACGACAGAAGAAAUUGACACUUCAAAGGAGGAAACAUAUUUUACUAUUACAUAAAACCUUUUUUCUAAAUAUAUAAAUUAUUUAAAUACAAUGUCAUGAAAGCUAUUAUUCUUAAAAAAAUACAAUGAAUGGAUAUUAUUCGCUGAUUUUGUAUCUGUACUUUAGAAAUAACUCCCGCUUAAUUUGAAUCUAUUUCUUUUAACAUUCACCUUUCAACCUCAAUUUUUAUGCAGAAUAUCUCUUGAUAAUGUAAUGACAAUUUCCUGUGAAAUCUUAAUCUUCCAAUGAAGACAUUUUUUGCAAUUUUCAUUGACGCCAUGAUGAUUAAUUGCAAGGAAGAUUAAAGCAUAUCUAUAAGAAGUAUAAUCAUCAUCAUACUAAUUUUAUCAAGGAACUUCUUAGUAAAUCAUUUCGAUGAAUACGUGUAAGGCAAGAAGAUGCAAUAUAUCUAUCACCUUUAGUCGGAGAGUGAAACGAAAAUAAAACGAGAGCUGCAAAAUGUAUCAAUUAUCGAUCUUUUCUAAUAGAUCAACCUCAAUUAAUUUAUAUAUAGAGAGAUUGCCUGAGAAGGUAAUUAAUUGUGAGACAAUGCCAAGUUUUAUACUUACAUGGGAAAAGAGGAGGUUACCUGAGAUGAUUUCAAUCCUACAUUCCAGCUUCUCAAUCACAUCAAUUGUCAGUAUGAGAAUUCUAUGCUCAGUGUUAGUUCACAUAAGUUUCUCUGUCUGGUUGAUUUUCUUCUGCAAUUUUGAAAAAUAUUAAGAAAAUGGGACUUUCCAGUGUGUUCUUGAGCUUAUCAUUGAUAUCCUUAGUUGUUUUUCUAUUAUAUGUAUAUUUAGAAAAACGGAGACUGCAUAAACUUGUUGGACACCUCAAUAAGUUUCCUGAGCAUCCAUUUAUUGGCGGAAUUAUGGCGUUUAUUGGAAAAGAUCCUGAAGAAAUAACUAAAUAUGCAAUGAAACUACUUGAGAAAGUAGAACUUCCAGCAACAGUGUUUGUCGGACCACUUAAAAUGUUAGUUUUUCUGGAUGAUCCUGAGGAUCUAGAAAUUCUUUUGUCAGACCCCAAUGCUCUGGCAAAACCGUAUAUGUAUGAGUUCUUUAAAAACGAAAGAGGACUUGUUGCUGCUCCAGUUAAUAUCUGGAGGGCACAUAGAAAAAUUCUCAGUCCAUCCUUCGGAUUGAAUGUGAUCAAAACUCUUAUCCCAAUCUUCAAUCAAAAGGUUCAAGUGAUGAUCAACAAUUUGAGUAAAGAGCAGGAAGGAGCCAAUAUCAAUAUUCUUGACUACAUGUACUCAUGUGUUCUGGAUCUAAUUACAACAACUCUCACUGACGUGGAUAUUGACGUUCAGGAGGGGAAAAACCAAGAUUACUUGGGAGCUGUUAAAAGUGCCUCAUUAGUGGUUGCAACUCGAGUGGCCAAGACAAUCUAUCACAUUGAUUGGAUAUUCAAUCUGUCCAAGAUGUAUCGGAUUCAGAUGGAAUCUAUGGCCGUGAUUCACAAUUUCUUUGACCGAAUAAUCAAGAUGAAAAGGGAAUUGUUCGAUGAAGUAGCAGAUGCUGAAGAAGAAAGAAGGGAAGAGCUUGCUCUCCUGAACAACGAGGAAAUCGAGCAAAAGCCCAAAAUUGUGAUUAAUCAGCUUUUCAGAUAUUGGGUCAAAGGGCAUAUUGAUUUUAAGGAUGUUAGAGGUGAACUCGAUGUUAUGCUGUACUCUGCUUCAGACACAACAACCAAUCUAGCCUCCUACACCCUUUUAAUGUUGGCAAUGCAUCCGAAGGUUCAGGAAAAAGCACUUGAAGAACUGAAGAGAGUAUUUGUUGAUGAAAGCAUUUUAAUUGAUUAUGAUAGCAUCAAACAAUUGCAAUAUUUGGAUAUGGUUAUCAAAGAGACUUUGAGACUCUAUCCUGUAAUACCCUAUAUCGGACGAGAAGUAUCUCAGGACAUAAAAUUGAAAAAUCUUACGGUUCCGGCUAGAACUGCAGUGGGCAUUCCUAUUAUGAGCAUAAAUCGUAACCCUAAGACAUGGGGUCCAAAUGCUCAUCUUUUCGAUCCGGACAAUUUUCUUCCCGAAAGAGUGGCUAAAAGGCAUCCCUACCAAUUCCUUGCAUUUUCUGGAGGUCCGAGAAAUUGCAUCGGAAUGACUUACGGUUUAAUUGCUGUUCGGACAAUUGUAGCUGGUGUUCUCAUGCGCUUCAAAUUGAGUACAUCUCUUAAAUUUGACGACAUUAGAAUGGUCUUUAACAUUACUCUAAGAAUUAUCAAUGAAAAUUUCAUACAACUUGAGCAUAGAAGAGAUUUUUGGACAAAAUAAAGAAUUACAUUUUGAUAUUACCUUUAGAGUUCCUUUAUAAUUAUUGAAAUAAAACAAUUAAUUAUUGCACAA